CUCAUCUUCUCCACAAAACUGAAAAGGAAUAUAUUUACAUAAUUAUAAUACACUUUUAUUAAUCAUCAUCAUUUUAAUUUGUAUCCACUGUACUCUGCUUCUUCAAAACCUAGGGUUUCAUCCGCUCUCUGUUUUGAUAUUUUAAGUUGGAAAAUACGCUGUAGAUGAAGGCAUAGUUAAGCUAGAUGGAUUUCCAAUCUUAGCUUGAGAAAGCAUCUUAUUUGGUUGAAAGCCAUUGAAGCAUGUUUUAAUUUAAAGAAGUGUUGGGGUAUAGUUGUAUGAAAACUAAGCAUGACGAAAGUUUAAUAUCCUAUAUCAGGUUCAGACCAUUGUGGUGCCACCACCUUCGGUGCUUUCUAGCUUGAUUAUCCGUGGUGAUGCUGGCCUGCAGUUUCUAAGACUGUUGUUGCUGUUAUAUCCUACUUAGUGUCAAUCUUUGUGGAUUUGGAGCCUCAUCUACCGAUAAUUGUAUAUAACUACUAGACUAGGAAACAACCCUUUUGUUGCUGAAAGAAAAUAGCUAACACGGGUGCUCUUUGUUGUGUGGCCUCUAGGCCACAUGGACCGAAGUCACCUACAGACGGUAGGGACUCUUCAAACAGUCAUGGUGAACCGCAAUGGCGGAUAAACUCUAGUUUUUCACCUCCUCCAUUGAGGAUGUGGGAUUGCAGAUUACAGUCAGAUGGUUUACCACAGAGUUCUCAUGGAGUUCAUGGUUCAUCCCUGUCCUCAAACAGCAGAGAAAGUAGAAGUUGGGUUGGGAGUGAACGAUUAACCAAUCAUCAUCAUUCUGUAUCUGAUGGGAUUCUCUCCUAUUCUGACAGUCUACCUGAUAAUACUCAGGAACCUCGUUGGACAUCACCAGUGCAAAAGUUUAAUUUACGUGAGGUGGCAGCUUCAAGUAUGGGAGGAUCGAGACAGACCUCUCGGUUUCCUUCCUUAACUGAGAGGCGAUUUGCUCUUAAAGCCAGUGCAGCUUCCCCUAGUUUUGGGUCCCCAUCCUCACUUUCUGAGUCCAGCCAUUUAGAAUCAACUAGCAAGCCACCCAUUGCCUUCUCCAAUCGCAACUUCCCAAGCCGACGCUCUCACAUGUCAAAAGCUGUUUACCCCUUAGUCUAUCGCAACCCUGUAUCGGAUUGUGAAACCUUUGAUGAUGCUGAUAACAGCAGUUUUGGUAGGUUGACACCUGGUGGCGAUUUGACAUCACCAUCUCAUUGGCCAGAUAACAGUUCAAGUGUAGAGUAUAAGUUCCACAAAACCCUUACUGAUCUUCACAAAUCAGAGACGUCGCCAGACCCUAGUGCAAGCUCUAGAAGAGACGGAUUUAGGUGGAGCAGCGCGAGCAGUUAUGAUUUAGGGCUUGAUAGUGACAGACUUGAUGUAGCAGAGCACGUGGAUGUGGAGAGCCUGAGGUCACCUAGCUGUAGCGUGUCAGAUCAGAAGUGUGGAGUUUGUGGAAAAUUUCUGUGGCAAAAAUCACCCUGGAGUUCACAUCGGAUUAUGAGAGGUGGGGACAUGCCUAUUGCUGGCGUACUACCAUGCAGCCAUGUAUUCCAUGCUGAAUGCUUAGAGCAAGUGACUCCGAAAUCUCAGAAUCAAGACCCUCCAUGCCCCUUGUGUUUGAGAACUAUUGGAGCGAUUGAAGAAUCCGCAUCAGUAUCAGAGCCGUUGCAGGUGGCCUUACGAUCUCUUCGCGGAAGCAGAGGGCUUGUGAUAUCUGAGACCCAGGGAAGUCGGAGUCGUAAUGAAGCCUCUACGCACACCAAGGACAGGUUAAGAAAAAACUGGCUUCGGGUAGUGCCGCAGAGGAAUCGAAAUCAUAAUGGUUCUUCAAUAGCAAAUCGUUUAAAAAGGCAUUUCACAUUUGGAGGCAAGGCAGGUAAAGAUAUUUUUAGUAGUAAGGUGUUCCACAAGAAAGGCUCUUCUUCUGGCAGCGAAUCUGUUCAACACCAAAUAUUUAUGCAGUAGUCUCAUGUAUGUAUAUCCUCUUCCAAGUAGAUUUGAAGAUGUAUCUUUGGCUAGCAUCUAUUUAAGAUCUUUUAACAAAUUACCCAGGUUAUCUUAAAGAACCAUUGUGUAUGCAACUUAUUCAUUGUACGAACUCUGGCACAUUUUCAGUUCGACUGUGUUUGACGUUUUCUAAUAGAAUCUUUGAGCAUUUUGUAUUGCA